GUGUUGUGGAUCUGGUUCUUUCCUGUAUGUUUGUAUCCCAUCCCAAAGACAGACUGGCAUCACCAUCACUGCCAUCCUUCUCUAACUGCUCCCUCGGGCUCAACACUUGGUGGGAAUCCCUACGACAGGGUUAAAGGUCCAGCAGUGUGCGUCAGCUGAUGCUAAGCGUCACGCAGAGGCUGCUGGGAUGGCUGGAGGAGGCGCAGGCUGCUCCUCACUACUCUGAUCUCCAGACUGUAGCGGGUCGUCGGCCGCCAGUUUCCCCCCCGCUGCUGCCUCCUGUCAGUCGGCUCAGCCUCCUCGUUGACCAUGCACCUGGUUCUCCGCCUGUCUGUGCCUCCGACUCUGCUGCAGGAAGUGGAAGUCGUUUCCUCUCGGCUGACUUUCUCUCCUCCCUCCUCCUGACAGUGUCAUCCUUUUACGCUUUCUGCCUCGUACCUCCUCCUCAUCGGGGAACAAGUGUCCGUGCGUAAAACCAGACCGGAGGCCGGUCUCUGCUGCUGCUGAUCCAGGUAACAUCAUCAUCAUCACCGCCAUGGAGGUUCUGGACCCGGCACCCACGGACCAACCCCUGCCCACCAUGAGCCCGGCGUUGUCUCCCUACGUCACGCUGGGCCUGACGGUGGUCUACACGACCUUCUACUCCCUCCUCUUCGUCUUCAUCUACACCCAGCUGUGGCUGAUCCUGCGGUACCGACACAAACGCUUCAGUUACCAGAGCGUCUUCCUGUUCCUGUGCCUGCUGUGGUCGGCGCUGCGGAGCCUGCUGUUCUCCUUCUACUUCAACAACUUCGUCACGGCCAACACUCUCAGCCCGUUCCCCUACUGGCUGCUCUACUGCUUCCCAGUCUGUCUCCAGUUCUUCACCCUCUGCCUCAUGAACCUGUAUUUCGCUCAGGUUGUUUUCAAGGCAAAGUCAAAGUAUGCACCAGAGCUUUUAAGAUUCAGGCUUCCCUUGUUCCUGAUCUUCCUGAUCAUCAGCCUGCUGUUUUUAGUGGUGAAUCUAGUGUGUGCCCUGCAGGUGAGGACGUCCUUGGCAGAUGUCCACACCAUUGUUCUUGUGAGGGUCACCAUCAACGACUCCCUCUUUGUCCUGUGUGCCAUCUCACUCUCUGUGUGUCUUUAUAAAAUCGCUAAAAUGUCACUGGCCAACAUUUACCUGGAGUCAAAGGGGACCUCAGUUUGUCAGGUGACAGUUAUCGGGGCCAUCGUCAUUCUCCUGUACUCAUCCAGGGCCUGUUACAACCUGGUCGUCCUGGGACUCUCUAACAAGAAAAUCAGCUCCUUUGACUUCGACUGGUACAACGUGUCUGACCAGGCAGAUCUACAGUCCACUCUUGGCGACACGGGUUACGUCGUAUUUGGAGUGGUCCUGUUCGUGUGGGAGCUGCUGCCCACGUCUCUGGUAGUUUUCUUUUUCAGAGUUCGCCAUCCAGACCUGGACAGGAGCGGCUCUGGACUUCCUGGUCACGUUUUUAACUCUGGGGCUUAUUUCUUUGAUAACCCAAGGCGCUACGACAGCGAUGAUGACCUGGCCUGGAGCGUCAUGCCUCAGAACAUCCAAGCAAGUCUGGCUGCUGACAGUUAUGAUUGGGGGAGUCAAAGCAGCGGCAUCGGGGCCUACAUUGGAGAUGACAGUUACCACACCCCCCCUCCUCCCCGGCCUCCUCCAGAGGAGCUCAGCCCUUACUGACCCCAGACCGGUGACUCCUGAUGACCUUUGCUAUUCUGUGUAUUUUUUGCACAGUCUCUCACACUGACGGAGGAACAUGUGGCUGAACUUUGUCCUUCUACUGCAAACAUUUGAUUUUCUAUGUCGUCCAGAGGAAAACCCACAGACAUGUCCCACUGAAGGACCAACGGAGGCAGAAGAAUGACUUUGCACACUCCUUUUAGAAACGUUUAGUCUAACUCUGACUUUUUACACUGAGCAGCUUAUAUUGAGUUGUGCCUAAUAUAUUUCCUGACCCCUGUAGUAUGUACUGUUGCUAUGUCAUGUUUUACUUUUCAUACAAAUUGUUUAUUUUAGUGAUAUUUAAUACUUAAUAAAACCUAAGUGCUCUUAA